CUUAAACUGGCAGCACCAACUUUGUAAAACUCCAAGGCCGAACCCGGAUAUCAAAACCUUCUUCGUGGAUCACUCAUGCGGCAGCAAAAUGGAGCACAUACUCCCUCACCAGUUAAUUAUCCUUUGCUUGUUGGGGUUGUGCCGUAACCCGGUGGCUUUCCUCCUCUCGGUGCACAUGUG